AUGUUAUGCACCAUUAAGCAAAGGUGAAGUGCGGUCGUUUCUGGUAAGAAAAACGCGCCAAUUUUUUAACAGGAGUAUAACGCGUACGCUGUGCAAAAAAGCAUACAGCAGAGUUUCUUACAUGCUAAGUUUCUGUGACGUUCAUUAUGGAUCCGCGAAGUCUUUAUCCAGAUAUAUUGAUACCAGAGGUGGCAUUUGGACAACAUGUGUUGAAUGCUUUACAAGAACAUGGAGAUAAAGUGGCGUGGAUUGAUGUAAGCCAAGGCGGAGAAAAAUACUCGUUCAGUAGAAUCCGCGUGGAGGCGCUCAAGUGCGCGAAUGCGUUACAUAAGGAAGGCAUUAGACGAGGUGACGUCAUUGGACUCUUUCUCCCGAAUUCGUGCCAACAGAAGGUUCUUGUAUUGUCACUUGCUUUGUGUGGAGCUACCAUCGUCCCGAUCAAUAUUCUUUACACCAAAGAUGAGGUUGAACGACAAAUGCAAAUCAUUGAACCAAAACUGAUCUUCACAACAUCUGACCAGUUAAACAAACUCAAAUCUUGUUCAACAAACGCGAAGAUCCACAUAUUCGGUCCGAACGAAAGUGAGAACAUUUAUCUUAAGUUUCUGAAGGAUGGUUCUGAUAAAGGAGUUUACUUGGAUGGCGAAAUCGACAUUUACAACGAUGACUUGUUUCUGUUUUGUUCAAGUGGAACAACCGGCCCACCUAAGCUGAUACAGAUUACCAACUAUAGCUUAGUGGCUACAACUGUUCUGAUGAAAAUGACAAUUAAACGAAGCAGCACUAACAUCGGUAUAAGCGCCAGUGCGAUGUUUCAUAUUGCUUCGAUCAUAACAACAUUUCCACCUUUAACGCAAGGUUGCUGUCAGGUCUAUCUUUCUGAACACAAGGUCACUGACCUAUUGCAAGCAAUACUCAAUUAUAAGGUCACACACUUGUUCUUGUUAGCGUCACAUUUUUUGGAGCUUGUAAAAUCGGAUCUGGUUCAAAACUAUGACGUUUCCAGUCUCGUAGAAAUCGCGACGGGAGCUUCUCCGACUUCUGAUGAAGUUAAACUUCUUGCCAAGAGCAAAUAUGGACUCAAAGCAAUUACUGAAAUUUAUGGACUAACCGAAGCAGUGCCUGUCUGUGUAACUGAUCCAAUUUUAUCAAAGUCGGGAUCUGUUGGAUUUCUUCUCCCAAACACCAAAAUGAAGGUUGUUGACAUUGAUACAAGGAAGAAGCUUGGACCUCGUGAGAAUGGUGAACUCUUGUUCAAAGGACCACAGGUGGUGAAAGGAUAUUACAAAAACCCUGAAGCAACAAAGAAUAUGUUUGAUGGGGAAGGAUGGUUGAAGUCGGGUGAUAUGGGAUACUUUGAUGACGACGGGAAUCUUUAUAUCACUGAUCGUAUCAAGGAUGUUAUUAAAGUUCAUGGAGUGCAGGUGUCUUCUGUUGAAAUUGAAUCCGUUCUAACCGAACAUCCAAAAAUCGCUGCAGUCGGGGUUAUUGGGGUCCCUGAUGACGUGGGUAAUGCUGGGGAACUCCCUAAAGCUUACAUUGAGAAAAAAGAAGCAAAUUUAACAACAGAAGAAAUUCAUCAAUUUCUUGAAGAUAAGUUGGCAGAUUAUAAACAGCUACGAGGUGGUGUCAUGUUCAUGGACUCUCUACCAAGAGGUGGAAGUGGAAAGAUACAGAAACGAGUUCUCCGAGAAAUUGAUCUUCAAUCUCGUGAUGAUCCUCAGUAGUUUUGAUGCUGUUACCAAACUAUACUUGAUGUGUAAAUCAUAUACUAACAUCCUUAUAAAUGAUCAUGAAAUGCAAAGGCAUGAAAGAAAUGAUCAUGGUAGUUCUUUUGUAUUUUAAUUGCAACACAUGUUGUUGAGAAAAUAUGAUAUUAAAAUACAAGUAACCUGAGAGAGUUUUUCUUGGGUUUACCUCAUUA